AUGCAUAAAUUCAAGGAAAAGUUCGAAGACAAGGUCGAGAACCUGGAGGAGUCAUUCCGAGACCACGGACUCCACGACACCAAAGCCAAGGCUACGCAUCUGAAGCAUAAGGUCGGCAAAUUUUUCAAUAUCAUCAACCCUAAUCACCGCCAUGAUGAGGAACAUGAGCAGAUUACAGACGCGAAACGCUCUAAAAUUGCGGAGUCCCACCGGUUCGGCUCUUUCGCACCUAUUCGUGAGGGGAACAACCUCAAGUGGUAUGUCGAUGCUCUCGAUUACCUCUGGGCAGUCUCAGAAGCCCUAGAAAAGGCGACCGAGACUAUCUACAUUGCCGAUUGGUGGCUCUCACCGGAACUGUUUAUGCGUCGCCCGCCCGCGGAGCACCAGGAAUGGCGUCUGGAUCACAUCUUGAAACGUCGCGCGGAAGCAGGUGUCAAGAUUUUUGUCAUUGUGUACAAAGAAGUCAAUCAGGCCUUAACCUGCAAUUCUGCACACACCAAGCAUGCGCUGCAGAAUCUUUGCCCUGAGGGCACCCCCGGCCAUGGCAAUAUUCGAGUCUUGCGCCAUCCGGACCAUAAUGUCUUUGAGAACGCUGCUGACAUGACUCUCUACUGGGCUCACCACGAGAAAUUCAUCGUGAUUGACUACGCCAUGGCAUUCAUCGGAGGCAUUGAUCUCUGCUUUGGCCGUUGGGAUGCUAAUCAGCACGCUCUCGCCGAUGUUCACCCCGGUGGCUUAAAAGAUGACAUCUUCCCCGGUCAGGACUUCAAUAACAACCGUAUCAUGGACUUCCAGAGCGUCGAUGACUGGCAGAGCAAUGAGCUGAGCAAGGCGGACUUCGGCCGAAUGCCGUGGCACGAUGUGGCCAUGGGUCUGAUCGGUGACGCUGUUUACGAUAUCGCAGAGCACUUUGUACUCCGUUGGAACUUUAUCAAGCGUGACAAGUACAAGCGCAGUGAUGAUGUGGACUGGCUACUGAUGGAGGGCCGCACUGGAGAUGACGAGGAUAUAAUUGCUGUGCAGCGACCCAAGUAUCCUUGUGGAGAGUAUAUUCAGCACCCUCUGACGCCGCUUUCUGGAAAGCCUCACGGUCAGCAGGGUACUGUUCGGGCUCAGAUUGUGCGAAGCAGCGAUGACUGGAGCAGCGGUAUUCUGAACGAGCAUAGUAUUCAGAAUGCAUACUGCGAGACUAUUCGUAACGCCGAGCACUUUGUCUACAUCGAGAACCAGUUCUUCAUCACUGCCACCGGUGACCAGCAGCAUCCGGUUUACAACCAGGUCGGCCGUGCUAUCGUUGAUGCCUGCGUUCGUGCCGGCAAGGAGGGGCGCAAGUUCCGAGUCAUCAUCGUUAUCCCUGCUAUUCCCGGAUUCGCCGGUGACCUGCGUGACAAUGCGGCGACAGGCACCAGAGCCAUCAUGGACUACCAGUACAAGUCAAUCUGCCGCGGCGAAAACUCGAUCAUGGCUCAGAUCAAGAAAGAGGGAGUGGACCCCACACAACAAAUUUUCGUUUUCGCUCUGCGUGCUUAUGACAGAAUCAACAAGACCCCUGCUCUCGAAGAGCUUGAGAAGAAGGCUGGUGUCAACUACCAGGAUAUUCAGCGUGGUAUCGCCGAGUCUAUCAUGGGCGAGAGUGUCCACCCGUCUGUUGGCAAUGAAGGCGAUCGUAAUGAGAAGGACUACAGCAGUGACUCAGCUGAGAAGCAAGAAACCUUGCGCAAGUUGGAGAAGUUCGAGGAACAGGUUGAGCAGCGCAAGGCGCAGCAGGGCGAUGCGAGCUGCGAUUCGGUGUCUCACACUACCAUGCUAAAUGGUGGCAAGAUGGUCGAUGAGAUCUGGGAAGGUGAUCCCGAGGCGGAGAAAGCCAAUUUUGUCCAGGAGGAGCUGUAUGUGCACGGCAAGGUUUGUAUUGUCGACGAUCGCGUGGUGAUUUGCGGUAGUGCCAAUAUCAACGAUCGGUCCCAGCUUGGCUCGCAUGAUAGCGAACUCGCGAUCGUGAUGGAAGAUCAAGAUUUCAUCGAGAGUCAAAUGGAUGGUAAGCCAUACCGUGCAGCUCGCCAUGCAGCGACUCUUCGUCGUCAGCUUUGGCGCGAGCAUCUAGGCCUGCUGCCCGUACAGGAAUACGAUGCUUCAGGUCACCCGAACUCGCAACCUCCAAACGUCUGCCCCAACCAGAUCUUAGAAGGCGCCGAGAACGAGCUUGUCGUCGAUCCGCUAAGCGAUUCGGUCUGGAACACCUGGACGGAGCAGGCUAGCGUCAACACGGAGACGUAUCGGGUCCUCUUCCGUGCGGAUCCGGAUGAGAACAUAAAAACUUUUGAGGAUUACGAUAACUUCUGUCCGCGUGGGACGAAACAGGGCCACCUGUUCGAUCCGUAUAUGCCGGUAGCUGAGGUGCGUGAGAAAUUAGAUCGUAUCAAGGGCCACUUGGUGUGGCUUCCACUGGAUUUCUUGUGCGACGCAGAGAUGGCCGAACCUGGGCUGGCUGUGAAUCAAAUUACCGAGAGCAUUUACACCUAG